GAAGCCAGCGGGGAGGGCGGCAAGGCCGAGAUCCGCGUCCCUGCUAGCCCAGCUGCCGAGAGCUGGCAGGGCUUGUACGCGGCGGAUCACAUGGCGGCGGUGGCGGCGGAGGCUCAGCAGGAAGUUCGCUCUGUUCCUGGGUGACGCGUCGGAGUUUCGGUCUUGCUCCGAGGCGCUCGGAGCCCGUAGCUGAUCACGGUGGGGGCUUCUAAUUUAACCAGAUCUGCUGCAUUCAUAAUCUCUUCAGUGAUGAAAUAUUGCUGGGAAGUAUGGAUAAAAAUAUUGCAGAGCAGCUUAAUAAGACAUACGAAGUGUUUCGACAGGCGUGUAUGGAGAGAGAUUUUGCUAGAAAAGAACUGAAGCAAAAGACAGACAGCUAUGAGAAGCAGCUACAUGAACAGCAGGAAAAAAACCAACUUCUAAUGAACAUUGUUGAACAACUCAAAUCACAGUUGGCUUCUAUGACUGCCAACAGAGUCAACACACAAGGUCAAGUUCCAGUCCAUGAAGACAAUGAAAUGAGAAGAAAUGGUACCUUGUUGAACUCAGAUUUUGAUCAGCUCCAAGAAAAGCUGAAAUUGGCAAUGCAAAAGGAAAAGCUUUUGAAGGAACAAUUGGAAAGUGAGAGUGUAAAAUUAAAAAAAGCUGAAGAAGAUAGUAAUUUAAAGGAAAAGAAAUUUGAAUCUAUUAUCACUGCCAAAGAAGAUGAAAUAAGGAAUCUAAAAAAGCAGCUGAAAGAAAUAAAUGAAGCACAAAAUUGCAUACAGGUAUCAAGAUACGAAAAAGAGGCAAGGAGUGAAAAACAUCCUUCGUCUAGACAGGAAUUAUCAUCAGGGGUUUCUUCUACAUCUGUCUGUGAAAGAGAUGAACUGGAAAGUGUUUUCUGGGGCAUGAAGGAAGAAUUCAGUCGAAUACGUGCGCUGGCAAGAGCACAGACCGACCAGCUGAAUAAAUGUAGCCUAAGGAGAGAACCUACAACUGAAAUUCCUUUCUCCAAGCCUAUCCAGUGCACUGAUGAACAAACAGAUGACCUUUGUAAUCCCUGGGUUAAAAAGGAUACCAACAGAGAUGUAUCUCUUUUCCCAUCUAUUGCAUCAAGAGGAAUGGGACCAGACGAGGAAGAAAACUCUGUGGAAUCCCUUUCUAAACUUAAUGUCAAGUUCCCACCUACAGAUAGUGAUACUGAAUUCUUUGAAAGCUCUCCAGAGACUAUUCCAAUUCUAAACACUCUGAUGACUGAAAAUGUGCUCUCAAAUCAGCCAUUUAACAUGGACCUUAGGGACCAGGAGCCUCCAUGGAAAUCUUACUGCACUCAAGAUACUGACUUACUGGCACUUGCUUCUGAAGACUCGGAACUCAGUCAGUCAGGAAUAUGUGAAUUCUGUCAGAAAGUGUUCCCGCCAUCUCGUACAUCCAGAGAGGAUUUUCUGAGGCAUCUGAAUUCACAUUUCAACUUGAAGUCUUAGCAUCAGUGGAAAACAGACAAGUUUUAUUUAAUUUGUGGGUGCUGUCUUUGAUCUUGAUCCCAACAGAUAUACAAAUUUCAGAAUAUAAGGAGGCAUUUAUAACAAUCUGUUGAGUUUCAUGCCCAACGUUAAUAUAAUUAAAAUCAGUAUAAAGCCCUAAAAUACAUAUACCGAAACUUCUUUUGAAUCAACAUGUCUUGAGUUAAAACUGUAGUUGCAGAGGGAUGCUGAAUAUUAUGAUCUAAUCCGGUAUGUAACAAAUAAAAAAUGGGACCAUAUUUUGUAUAUAGAA